AUGGCCGACGUCGACGCGGUGGCUCUUGCGGAGGAUGCGCUCCGCUUUCAGGCGGGCGCGGCCGCGGGCGAGGCCGACGAGCUCGCAGGCGCCGCCGAGGGCGAGGGCGCGCGCGAUGCGGCCGGCGAGGGCCAACUCGCCCCGGCGCCAGAGGACGACGACGAGGCCCUGGGCACUCAGAUGAGCGCCGAGGCUUUCUGCCAACCUGCGGCGGAGUUGGGCGAGGGUUGCUUGGCGGACUACGACGCCCUGGCGGCGGCCGUUACGGAGAAGCCAGACCCCGCUAUCGGCGCUAGGGGGGGGGGUCAGCAGUCGGACCUCCCAGUCUGGCAGGGCGUCGCGGGCCAGGCGGUCGACGUCGAAGACUUAGCGGUGUGCGUCGCGGGCGCGGGCCCGAAGACUCGGGGGGCCUGCUUUGACAAAUGGUCAACCUACCUUUGGGGCGCGAAGGCCGUCUACGCCGCCGCGGACGGGCCUCGCGUCGAAGCUUUCUACAGCGAGCUCUUGGAGGGCGCGGAUGCCCGCGCCCCGAAGGGGGCCCAGCGCUUUGUGCCGCUGCGGGCCGCGGCCCUGGCGGAAGUGGCGGACGCGCGCCAGCGCGCGGCAGUUGGCUUCGGACUGCCUCCAGACAGCCACGUCGCGCACCAGGCCUUGCAAGGUCUCUUCUGGCAAAGACAACCUGGUCGCCUCAACGCCGCGAGCGCCGCGCGCUCGGGCAAGAUCGCCGCGAACGGCAUUCCGACCCACCUGGAGGCCCACGGGAACCAGGUUCAGGUCACCGAUGCCGUGCUCGAGAAGGUCGUCAACCGCGCCUACAAGGACCAGAUGCAGGAGGGGGGCGUCCUCGAACUCCUUGAUGGCUCCGAGGCUUUUCGCCGGCGCAGUGGCAUGGGCGCCUCGUGCGUCAAGCCGGUCGCCUGGGUGUGCCUCGCCACCCAGAAGAAGGUUCGCGCGCGGGAGAUGGAGGGCGAGAGCUGCGGCAGGCUUCGCCUCGUCGCCCUGCAUCUAGACCCCGACCACGUCCGCAAGUUGCCGUUCGAGGAACGCCUCGCGCCCCGCAACAAGUGCCAGGGGGUCCUCGUGGAGGCGCCGCGCGAGAUCCUGCUCGCCCAGCAGCGGGCGCCAGACCGGGAACUGGAGGAUUUCGCCAAGACGUACCCCCAGGGGCUCGACGACGCCGAUCUUCGCGUGCUUCGGGAGGGCUUCCUCCCAUCCCGCUUCGCGCCGCUGGCGAGGUAUUUGCGCGGAGCGCCCGCGGCCGCGGCGCCCGCGGCGCCGCUCCGCGGCGCUGUCGGCGCCAGGGCCAGGCGCGCGCGGGAUCCUGCGACGUCGGGGCGUCCUGGGCCCCCCAAGAAGAUCAGGCUCCGCGGGGCCAUGCGGGGCGACGCCGAGGGGGCGGCCGAGGCGGCGCCCGAGCGCGUGCUGGAGUUGCCCAUGCAGGCCAUGCAGUUCAGCCCGGCAGGCACCAUGAUCAUGGCGGGUGUGCAGGACGGCACCGCUGAUGGAGCACCAUGGGGCGUUGAAUUCGAGCGGCGUGCGUGA